UCCCACAUGACCCAGUAGCGUCCCUCGAGUUGUGACCUUUUCUUGGAGCACUCCUCGCUUCUGCAGCACAAUUUCGAAGGAUUUCUCCGAAUUUUGUGACUUCUUUAUAUCGUACGUGGUGAAAGACAAGUUGUGAAGAUGGCGGGAAGAUACAUUUCUCCUUAUGAAGAAAAACGUCUGAAGAACAUGGAGGAAAACAGACGAAUUUUGGAGAGUCUGGGACUUGUGGGGCCUGGCUACGAGAAGCCAAAAAGGGUAGUGAAAAAGAAGGCUCCAAUCAAGAGGAAGAAGACAGUGCAUGUGCACACGCCAGCCAAGAAGGUUAUGAAAACUGAUGGCUCAUUGGAGGAAAAGGUGGAUAUAGAAGAGGAUGUCUCAACACCAACAAGGCGGUCUGCUAGACUCCGAGGAAAGGCUGCCCCUUCAUUACAGGAGCUAAGGACAGAGGUGGAUGAAGAAUUGGAGGCAGAGAAAGACACUCGCUACAAACCUGUCCCUAAAGACAGACCAAACGUCUUCGGGGAAAUCCCAGGUUUUCCAGUUGGAACAUGGUUUGAUACAAGGAUAGAGGCAUGUCGAGCUGGGGUGCACAGGCCCACUGUUGCUGGUAUCCAUGGUAACGACUAUGAGGGUUGUUACUCGUUGGUGUUGUCGGGAGGUUACGAAGAUGAUCUGGACUAUGGAGAGUGCUUCACCUACACUGGGGAGGGUGGACGUGACCUUAAGGGAACAAAGGCCAACCCUAAGAACCUUCGUACUGCUCCACAGUCUAAAGACCAGACUCUGACUCGAGGAAACUUGGCGUUGAGUGUAAGUGUGGAAACCCGUCGGCCUGUCCGGGUGAUGAGAGGCUACAAGCUGGACAGUGUGUAUGCUCCAGAGGAGGGGUACAGAUAUGACGGUCUUUAUUCAGUAGACAAGUUCUGGUUCACGACAGGGUUGUCAGGAUUUGGGGUGUACAAGUUUGUGCUGAGCAGGUGUCCAGACCAGGCCCCUCCACCAUGGACACUACCUGCUGCCGGGGACGGCUCUGGCUCAGAUUCAGACACAAACAAGGCUGACAGUGACUCAGGUGUCUCAAUGACUACAGGAACAGAGACAGAGGCUGACUGAGCCCACUUGCAUACAGGUGCAAAAGCUGUGAAGGAGCAUCUAUCUUAAGAUCUCGUUUGGAAACUUUUUUUUAGGACAGUUUAUGAAGCUUUAGGGAAAAUAAGAUAAAGAUAGAAGUAUAAACAUUCACAAAGAAGUUGAAAGAAAAGUUCAAAGAAGAAUCACAUCAGUUGCACUUUCAACAGUUUGAUCAAAUCUUGUAGAAUAAAAUUAUUAGGCAGAAAUUUUCUAAACACAUUCUUCUUAAAUAGUGCUAUAUUAUGAUAAAGUUCAAAGUGCAAAUGUUUCCAAGUUUUAAACACACUGCCAUGUUUGAUGACCUGUUCAGGUGAUGGGAAGAUGCAUAUAAUGUAGUACUGUUACCUUUGGCCCUCAAAUGAAUUACAUAUGGUUGCUUUUAGA